AUGCAUGCAGAAGGAAUAGAGGGUGUUUUAACAAGCAUAUCAAGCAAAUACGAAUUCAACUCAAAAGUUCUUGAAUACUCCACACAUUUCUGCCUGGAUAAAUUUGUAAUCAUGCAUAAGGAUAGGCUGGUGGGCGAGGUUCCAUAUGAAAGCAUUCUCAAAAUUGAAAAGAGAAAGAAAGGAUUGAAGUUUCAAAUAUCUGGCGCAUCAUGCCUAAGGAUUCCCUGUGAAAGCGAAAAAAAAAACAAAAUAUUUCAGAUAUUCAAAAACAAACGAUCAGGAACUGUCUUGAACAAGAAUGAUAUUGUUGGUGUUGUAUUUGUACAGUUCGCAGACCUGAGAUUCCUGGUUCCUCUUGAAGGCCCGUCAUUUAACAUCUUCAAAAGGAGUGUGAUUAGAAGAAUUGGAGGACAUUUCUUGCCUUCUCAAAGCCUGGAAUUUGUAAGUCUAGAGCAUUACAAUGAAUUUUUGCUGUAUAUCUUAUACAACGAUGAAUAUGUGAUGCUUGAAAGUGAUGAUGAUCUUGCUUGUGCACUACUCUACUUUGAUAAAAAACUAAAUAUCAUUGUUAAGCAUGCCUCUAACCAGGCAUAA